AUGGAACUUCUCGCUGAGUCUGUUGUUGGUGUUGUUGCCGUUCCCAAGAUUUAUUCUAGCAAAUAAUUUAUAAAAGAAAUUCAAUCAUUAAUUUAAAAUUGCAAAGAAAUACAAUAAAAAGAAACGCAAAAUCUGGAAAUUUAAGCAAAAGUCAAGUGCAAGCAGCAGCAGCAGCGGAGCAGUCUGGCCACACUGUGACUCCCAAAUCCGCCAAGCAGCCGCAGCGCCCGCGACUUGCACGAAACGCCGACAACGCCUGAGCGCGCGCCUUAAAUACGAAAAACAAAACACAACAGAGAUAAGAGAGAAGAACCAGCAGCAGCAGCAACGAGAGCGCAAGUUUUUUUUGCAAACGGACAAAAGGACAGCGCAAGGCAACGUUGUGCGACGCCACACGCACAGGCAAACAUAUUCACACACACAUACAUUUGUAUACAUAUAUAUAAGGACAGACAAAUAUGGAACUGCGCGUUGGGAACAAAUAUCGCCUGGGCCGCAAAAUUGGCUCCGGCUCAUUCGGCGACAUCUAUUUGGGCACAACAAUCAACACGGGCGAGGAGGUGGCCAUCAAACUGGAAUGCAUACGCACCAAACAUCCACAGCUGCACAUCGAAUCGAAAUUUUAUAAGACAAUGCAGGGCGGCAUUGGUAUACCCCGCAUCAUUUGGUGCGGCAGCGAGGGUGAUUACAAUGUGAUGGUCAUGGAGCUGCUUGGACCAUCGCUGGAGGAUUUGUUCAAUUUCUGUUCGCGCCGCUUCUCAUUGAAAACCGUGCUGCUGCUGGCGGAUCAAAUGAUAUCGCGCAUUGAUUAUAUACACUCGCGCGAUUUCAUACAUCGCGACAUCAAGCCGGAUAACUUCCUGAUGGGUCUGGGCAAGAAGGGCAAUCUGGUGUACAUAAUUGACUUUGGCUUGGCCAAAAAGUUCCGGGAUGCACGCUCCUUGAAGCACAUAGCAUAUCGGGAAAACAAGAAUCUGACAGGCACCGCACGCUACGCCUCGAUCAACACACAUCUGGGCAUUGAGCAGUCGCGACGUGACGAUCUGGAAUCGCUUGGGUACGUGCUCAUGUACUUCAACUUGGGCGCUCUGCCCUGGCAGGGACUGAAGGCGGCCAAUAAGAGACAGAAAUACGAGCGCAUAUCCGAGAAGAAACUAUCCACAUCGAUUGUUGUUCUCUGCAAGGGCUUCCCCAGCGAAUUUGUCAAUUAUCUGAACUUCUGCCGACAAAUGCACUUUGACCAGCGCCCCGAUUACUGCCAUUUGCGUAAAUUGUUCCGCAAUCUGUUCCAUCGCCUGGGCUUCACCUAUGACUAUGUGUUCGACUGGAAUUUGCUCAAGUUUGGCGGACCGCGCAAUCCGCAGGCCAUCCAGCAGGCGCAGGAUGGCACCGAUGGCCAAGGCCAGGGCCAGGAUGCCGCUGCGGCAGCAGCAGCCGCCGCCGCCGCCACCCAUCAGCAGCAACAGCACAAGGUUAACACUGCAAUGGCCACUGCCGGUGGCAGCACACAACAGAUGUUAAGCAGCAAUUCGGCUGCUGGACAAACGCUCGCCAUGCUCGGCGGCGGCGGUAUCGUCGGCGGCGGCGGCGGCAAUGGUGGAGCUGGUGCGCAGCUAAUUGGCAACGGGGGACUCAAUAUGGAUGACUCAAUGGCCGCCACAAAUUCAUCGCGACAGCCCUACGAUACGCCCGAGCGACGUCCAUCGAUACGGAUGCGACAGGGCGGCGGCCUGCAGGCUGGCGGUGUUGUGGGUGAUUUGAUAAACAAUUGCAAGUCGGCCGCAAAAAAGCGAAAGUAUGCACUACAUUUAACGCAAGCAACAGCUCCAACUGCAAGAUACCGUUAUUCGUAAACUGUAAAAGCAAAGAGACAGGAUGAUAAAAAUGAUAUGACUACAGAGAAAGAGAGAGUGACAGAGAGGGGGCGAGAGAGCAAGCAAGAGUGAUUCUUUGAGAAGAUAACAAUAAGAAAUAGCACACUCACACACAUGCAGCUAUGCACUCGCACGCACGAACACACACUCACUCACUGCCUCUCUCAUCCACUCGAUAGCUAGUUCUGUGUGUUUGCAUUUACACUGCUGAACAGGAACAGGAUAAACAAAAUAUUUGGUUACAUGCAUUUUUUUUGUUUAAUUUUGUGCUCUGUGCAAACUAUAAAAAAAACUAACAGCAACAUAAGCAACAACAACAACAACAAAUGAGAAACUUAUCACAACCGACUCAACUGAACAAAGGGCAUACAAUUUAUAUUAAAUGAAGGGGCAUAUAAUCUAAUAUUUAAAUAUUAAAACAUAUUUUGAAUAUAAGUUGUAAGCUUGAGAGUGUAAAGGAAACAAACAAAGGACACAAUAUGCGCCAGUGUCCCUAACUUUUAGUCUAGAAACUUAGCAUUAAUAAAAAAAAAAUAUAUAUAUAUACAUAUAUAUAUAAAAUACAACAAAUGCAUAUAACUAACAAUUCAUAAAACAACAAAAAAAAUAAGCAAAAACAAAAAUGAUAAGCAGAAAUUAACGCGUUUUGUGCACCAACCAAUAACAUUUUUAAAUUUAAGUGUACAAUUCAUAAUGAAAACAUUUUGAAAGCAGCGUAGCAAGUACAUCCCCCUUUCCCCUGUUCCGAACCCACGUAGCUUUAAGCAACUCUCUAAUUUGUAAAGCCUCGAUGUUAAACAACAGGAAUUCAUAAUCUAUAAAUCAAUAUUUUUUCUUUCGUUUAUCAUCCACGAUAAUAUAUGUAUGUGUUCAAUAUUAUUUGCGAGCUCUGUUUCAGCGUAUUUCUCAACAAUAUAACUAAAAGAAAAAGAAAAAAACAAAAUACAAAAACUAAAAUCAUGUAACUAAUAACUUAAUACAAAUUAUAAUUAUAUACACACACACUAUAUACAAAUAUGUACUUUGCAUUAUAUAUAUUUUCAAUUAGUUUGUAAAGUCGUUAAGGGGCGUGAGCUGCGAGCACGCAUUAAAAUUAUAACGCUAGCUAAUAAAUUGUAGCUAUAAUAUGAAAUUUGUUUAUAAGUAAUACCAAAACAAUAAAACAAAAUAAAAACAAAUAAGUAAACAAGAAAAAUAUCGACAAUUCUAAUUCUGCGCAAGUCAAGAUUUUGAAUUAUGAAUAUUAAUGCAAGGAAUAAGAACGUGCAACAACUAAAAACAAAAACAAACAAACAAAAGUUUAUCUUAUGAAACGCAUAUGAAACACGUAAAAAUUAUAUAUAAAAAAAAAACAAAACAAAUCUUAUGUUAAACUUUACACAACGCGCCGAUAUGCCGUUUAUAUAGCAGUAAAGAGAUCAUAAAUAAAUGAUUAUAUAAAAUACGAUAUAUGUUUAAAGGCAGGCGAAUAAAAGUAAAAAGUAACAUCCGAAAGUUAAAUAAAAAAUGCAUUACGUGAUAUUUCUUGCAAUUUGUUUCAUUUGUUUUCUUUUGUUCAUACUUUCAUUUUGAGAUACUUUUCAUUUGCUUCUGUUUCAAUUGGAUCUCGAGUUUUCGAGAUUAUCGCCGAGGACCUCUUUCGACUGCGAGUACUUUUAGUUGACUCCCGAAACGCACGCCUUGUAACUUGACCAAAAACAAAACGAAAAAUGAAAAAAAAAAGGAAAUAAAGAUUACUUCUCAUAUAACACGAUUACACAA